AUGAACAGCAGCCGUUCGCAUAAAGCACUGGCACGACUCCUUGAGGUUCCCUACACGGCCUCCGAUUUCAUCGAUUGGGGCGACCACAUGACUCCCACACUGUCCCCCAAGCGGGACAUCUCCGGGCGGUGGCGCAAGCUCCACGGAAUCGACGAUUGGGACAACUUCCUCGACCCAAUCGACCCAACCCUCCGCUGCGAGAUCCUCAAGUACGGCGAGUUCGCCUCUGCGACCUACGACGCCUUCGACUUCGACCCGGAAAUCUGGAUCCCGCCUCUCCACGUCCGCCAUGUAAAAAUAUCCCCGCCCACAACUGCCCGUCACUCUAUCUUAUCCCAUCUCUCUCAAUAUCAUCGUCGCGAUUCCCCACUACUUUUAUAA